AGGAAAGCAAAGCGCUUCGCAAGCACAGGCAGUGAUCGGUAACCAAAUCCGGACAGUCUUGAGCUCUCUCAGUCUCAGCAUUUCAGUUCCCAGAUUCACAUAGCCCCAGCCCCCAAGUAGCGAAAUGGCAGCUGCUCCGUUCGCGAUUGCCGGCCGGCUCUCCCCCGUUGCGCGCCUCCCGGUCCGCGCCUGGAGGCCCGCGCACGGGUUUGCGUCGUCCGGGAGAGCCCGCUCGCUCGCCGUGGCGUCCGCGGCGCAGGAGAACAGGGACAACAGUGUCGACGUACAGGUUAGCCAGAACGGCGGCAACAGGCAGCAGGGCAACGCCGUGCAGCGCCGCCCGCGCCGCGCGACAGCGCUCGACAUCUCCCCAUCCCCGUUCGGGUUAGUUGAUCCGAUGUCGCCGAUGCGGACGAUGCGGCAGAUGCUGGACACGAUGGACAGGCUGUUCGACGACGCCGUGGGGUUCCCCAUGGGGACACGGAGGUCCCCGGCGACCACCGGCGACGUACGCCUGCCGUGGGACAUCGUGGAGGACGAGAAGGAGGUGAAGAUGCGGAUCGACAUGCCGGGCCUCGCGCGCGACGAGGUGAAGGUGAUGGUGGAGGACGACACGCUGGUCAUCCGAGGGGAGCACAAGAAGGAGGAGGGCGCGGAGGGCGGCAGCGGUGGCGACGGCGACGGGUGGUGGAAGCAGCGCAGCGUGAGCUCCUACGACAUGCGGCUGGCGCUGCCGGAUGAGUGCGACAAGAGCAAGGUGCGGGCCGAGCUCAAGAACGGCGUGCUCCUCGUCACCGUGCCCAAGACCGAGGUGGAGCGCAAGGUCAUCGACGUGCAGGUCCAGUAGACAAACUGAGCUGUCACGACGGGUCUUUGUGUAGCACUAGCGUGGGUUGGGCUCUUCGCGCCGACCGUAUCAGUACUCGUGACCCAACGUGUGGAAUAAUGUGAAUAAAUAAACGCUUCAAUUCUGCUAUUCCAAGAA